AGAAUCGUUAGCUGGACAAACGAUGGAACAGAGCCAGGCUAAAAUUGAGAUCGUGGAGCCUGAACUCAUCAGUGACUCUCCCAACGAAAGUAUCAAUGCCAGUUUGACUCCAGCAGCUGUUGAAAUUGCUCGAGAAUCGUUAGCUGGACAAACGAUGGAACAGAGCCAGGCUAAAAUUGAGAUCGUGGAGCCUGAACUCAUCAGUGACUCUCCCAACGAAAGUAUCGAUGCAAGUAUGACUCCAGCUGCUGUUGAAAUUGCUCGAGAAUCGUUAGCUGGACAAACGAUGGAACAGAGCCAGGCUAAAAUUGAGAUCGUGGAGCCUGAACUCAUCAGUGACUCUCCCAACGAAAGUAUCGAUGCAAGUAUAACUCCAGCUGCUGUUGAAAUUGCUCGAGAAUCGUUAGCUGGACAAACGAUGGAACAGAGCCAGGCUAAAAUUGAGAUCGUGGAGCCUGAACUCAUCAGUGACUCUCCCAACGAAAGUAUCGAUGCAAGUAUAACUCCAGCUGCUGUUGAAAUUACUCGAGAAUCGUUAGCUGGACAAACGAUGGAACAGAGCCAGGCUAAAAUUGAGAUCGUGGAGCCUGAACUCAUCAGUGACUCUCCCAACGAAAGUAUCGAUGCAAGUAUAACUCCAGCUGCUGUUGAAAUUACUCGAGAAUCGUUAGCUGGACAAACGAUGGAACAGAGCCAGGCUAAAAUUGAGAUCGUGGAGCCUGAACUCAUCAGUGACUCUCCCAACGAAAGUAUCGAUGCAAGUAUGACUCCAGCUGCUGUUGAAAUUGCUCGAGAAUCGUUAGCUGGGCAAACGAUGGAACAAAGCCAGGCUAAAAUUGAGAUCGUGGAGCCUGAACUCAUCAGUGACUCUCCCAACGAAAGUAUCGAUGCAAGUAUGACUCCAGCUGCUGUUGAAAUUGCUCGAGAAUCGUUAGCUGGACAAACGAUGGAACAGAGCCAGGCUAAAAUUGAGAUCGUGGAGCCUGAACUCAUCAGUGACUCUCCCAACGAAAGUAUCGAUGCAAGUAUAACUCCAGCUGCUGUUGAAAUUGCUCGAGAACCGUUGGCUGGACAAACGAUGGAUCAGAGCGAAGCUAAAAUUGAGAUCGUAGAGCCUGAACUCAUCAGUGACUCUCCCAACGAAAGUAUCGAUGCAAGUAUGACUCCAGCUGCUGUUGAAAUUGCUCGAGAACCGUUAGCUGGACAAACGAUGGAACAGAGCCAGGCUAAAAUUGAGAUCGUGGAGCCUGAACUCAUCAGUGACUCUCCCAACGAAAGUAUCGAUGCUAGUUUGACUCCAGCAGCUGUUGAAAUUGCUCGAGAACCGUUAGCUGGACAAACGAUGGAACAGAGCCAGGCUAAAAUUGAGAUCGUGGAGCCUGAACUCAUCAGUGACUCUCCCAACGAAAGUAUCGAUGCUAGUUUGACUCCAGCAGCUGUUGAAAUUGCUCGAGAACCGUUAGCUGGGCAAACGAUGGAGCAAAGCCAGGCUAAAAUUGAGAUCGUGGAGCCUGAACUCAUCAGUGACUCUCCCAACGAAAGUAUCGAUGCAAGUAUGACUCCAGCUGCUGUUGAAAUUACUCGAGAAUCGUUAGCUGGACAAACGAUGGAUCAGAGCGAAGCUAAAAUUGAGUUCGUAGAGCCUGAACUCAUCAGUGACUCUGCUAACGAAAGUAUCGAUACAAGAAUGACUCCAACAGCUGUUGAAAUUGAUCUUCAAUCGGCAGCGGAAGUCAUUGUAGCUGUUAGCAAUGAUUCAGACAAAAUUGUGAACGUCGCCAAGAAACGAAAACUCUUCUCUAAAACUAACUCUUUAACCCUUAAUAUUAAUAGUACUGAAUCAUCGCCGCAACGUCUAUCUGAAUCAAAAUAUCCUGAUUAUGUCAUCGAAAAUGAUCGAGUCGUUUCUGGGAAACGAGAUCUUAAAAAGGAUGAUACUAUUAUUAACCAUUCGAUAAAAUCUCCUAUUAAGCGUCGUCAACUUCCCUCGCGAGCUGCACGCAAUAGGAUUGUUACAUUAUCUGAAGAGGAACUGGCAGGCAAAUCGCCGAAAGUUAAAUAUUGUAAACCCAAAAACAAUACUCUAAGCGAUAGCAGCAGUAGCGAUUUCGUGAAAAUCGAUGAGAAACGGAAAAUUAUUUUCAAUGAUGUAGUUGAUAUUAAAGAAUUUAAUUCUCCUAAUAUUGAAGGUGAUAUCAUAAAAAAGACCAAGACGCGACGUUUGAAAGGUUUGAAUGAAAAUUCUCAAAACGAUAUCAACCCCACAACAAAAGCAGCUCACGAAGAACCGAUUGAAUUCCCCCAACCUCUCAAAGAUAAUGCGGUCACUUCAACACCAUGUAAAUCAGAUUUGGAAUCCAUCAACACGAAGAUACUUAUGCCACCAGAAAGCCCCGCAAUUAGACGAACACGGCGAAUAGGUGCUGUAUUUGUCGAUUCUCCUGCACUUCUAACAUCGAGUAGCACACCUGCAGAGUUAAGUGUUGAUACACAAGAUUUAUCUGUGCAUCAAACGGUAUUAGAAGAGUCUUCUCAGGUUCAAACACCAAGCAGUGGUAAGGGUAAUCAACCAAAGAAAAGGCCGACUAGAUCCAGGAAACAGUUGACAGUCCCAGAAGUCACGGAAAUUCGAGAGGAAUUGAUUGAUACUGGAAAAGAAUCAAGCAACAAUACUGUCCUACCAGAACAAUCGACUAACAAUAGAAAGAAAACGAUAGAAAACAAACAUAAAACACAGGAAGAGGCACAUUUGCUUGAAGAAUUACCCAAAAAGAGAGGAAGAAAGGCGAAGCAGCUUCCAAUAAGUCGUGCAAAGCAGGAUCUUAAAGAAACAUCAGAAGUAGAAAAGUCGAAUGCAGAUACACAAAAUUCGAAACUAGAAUCACCCAAAAAAGUCGGAAGUAAAAGACGCGUAAAAGACGUUGGGUCUACUGAAGUUAAAGACAUAGAACCAGAAAACUUACCUGAACAAAAGAAGAGCAAACAGGCAAAACAAAAUGAGACGUUUGAAGAUCCGAACUUAAAUCAUAAUGGUAAAAACGAAAAACAAGCAGAAACAAACACACCUAAAAAGAGAGGAAAUAAAAAGAAAAUUAACCACGAAGAGUCACACACAAAAGAAGAGGAAAAACCCCAAGAGGAGACUAUUGAUAAAACUAUAAAAGAACAGUAUUUGGAAUCAAAACCACCAAUGAAGAAAGGAAGAACACUGAAAAAGGGUUCAAAAGCCGGCUCCCAAGAUAAACCGCCUGUAACCGAACAAAGUGGUCUUGCAGUAGGUGCGAUGAAUGAAGCUUCAGAAGCAGAAUUAAAAGAAGAAAGCACUGAAAAGCAGAAUUUGGAACAAGAGUUACCCAAGAAAAGAGGGCGAAAGAAGAAAAUCACGGAAAAUGAAACAGUUGAAUCAACAAAAGAAUGUCCUGCAGACGUGGAUCCCAAAGGAGAAAAUGUUGAAACCCAAACUGUUGUGGAAGAUUUGCCCAAGAAAAGAGGUAGAAAAAUUCAAACAGUUCAAGAAAAACCAAUCGAAACAAAGAAUGUGCUAAGUGCAAAUCAGAAGACCACAGAUCCAGCAACGGAAAUGGCAGGCGAUGAAAUUGAUAAAAAUGAUACGAAAAAGAGGGGGAAGACAAGCAAACGGCAAGUUGCCCCCAGUCCUGCAAAGAGUUCUACAGAAUCAAAUGCGUCGAAUGCGGAAAUAGAGGGAAAUGGCAUGCGGACCAGAAGCAGAAGAGCAAAGCAAGCAAUCUAAUUAUUCAUGUGCUGCGGCGGCGAUUUCUUUUGAUAGUUACUGUUUGAAAAUGUUUUUGUUUUUAGUUAAGUUAGUCUGUAGAGCAUUUCAUUUCCCGUCUCGCCGGCACUUCUUUCGGAUUUUCUAAAUUGGCCGAGCGUAAAGUGCUAGUGCUUAAUCAUCUUAUUUGCCAACAAUUUUAACAAUAAAUAGUACUCAUGUAUUUGGAACAACA